CAAGCGAACAUACAAAUAUCAAGGGGCAUGGCACCUAAGAAGCACCAGAACAGAACCAGAGUCAUAGAGCCAAAGACACGAAGCACACGGGUGACGAGCAAUGACGACAACGUCAAAACACACACACACUAUUUUAUCUCUUGUGUAUAUAUUUUUCUUUUUUUAGUGUAUAGCACUCCCCGAUUGACUGACUCAACAAGCUAACAACACGAAAUGCGAAUCUGCAAACUGUUUCAUUCGUUUAGUGAAUUCCAAACGGGAAGGUUCGUUAUUUCUCUACAAGUCUACAAGUCCUUAAAAGUAAAAGAAGAAGAAGUUUUUAUUAAAAGUGAAAAAAUAAAAUACAACUUUUGUGAAGAGCAAAAUAAAUAAGAAGUGAGAAAAUAUAAGUGAUAAAAAGAAAAGAACAGUGAAUUUCUGAUUAUAGAAAAAAAAAGUAACACAAAUAAGUGAAAAAACUAUUUUAACAUUAAAACAAAUUUUAAAUAAUAAUAAAAAAGGAAAUAUACAAAAUGGAUAUUCCAAUUUUACCAUCACCUCCUGCAACACCACCGUUAUGUGAAUUUAAAAAUGUUGACAAGAAAAUUGGUAAUGCCUUUUUGAAGGUAAAGCUUGAGUCUCAGAUGUCUUCAACACGUCCAGGUUUUGUUAUUCCCCAAACAUCUGACAAUGCCUCAUUGUUGAAGGUUAAGCUUGAGUCUCAAAUGUCAUUGCGUCCAGGUUUUGUGACACCUCAACCAUCUGACAAUGAGGAUUAUGACACUGAUAUUCCACCAUGCAAGAAACAGAGACUGGAUGUUAAUGUUGAAUCAAAGCCAUUUCAAUCAAAAGAAUUUUGUGGAAUUCCACCAACUUUGGUGCUAACUCCACCACCAGAAGUAAAUUUUGAUAUGUUGGUUCCUGUGCAGCCACGUGCUAGUGUCAUAAUGCAUGUCAAUCGGUCUGGAGUGUGUUCGUCGUUGGAAGGAUCAGGUGCAGGUGCAGAAUCAUCACCAUCUGCAUCAGAGAGCUCAAAUAACUCAGAGCCUGAAUAUGAUUCAGUGAAUAUUGUUAGAAAGUUAAAAUUCAAAAUGGGACGCAAUACGAUGUGUAAUGAAACGCCAAAAAUUGAGAAAACUGAAGUUCCAGAAAAUGUAGAAUACCCAGUGCAAAAUUCACCAAUGCCAGUAGUACAACAUCUUCAGGUGCCACAACCAGCUUCAUCUCCAAGACCGCAACAACAACAACAACAGGAACAACAGCAAACAAGAUCACAGUAUCAAGUUAUAGCACCUAAAAAUAUAUACAUUACCACAGCUGGUCCAGCGGCGGCAAUUCCUCCACAUCAAACCCAACCAGCACUCAUCCCAACUCAUCUACUUCUAUUCAAUCCUACCAAUGGCAUGUUCCAGAACAUCCAGCCCGCACCCCUGCCAAAACCACAACUGACAACAGUACCUACACCUCCAUCGGCAGUCCCCGAAAGGAGACGUGUGUACGAGUGUCAGCAUUCAAACUGUGGCAAGAACUAUUUCAAGUCAAGCCAUUUGAAAGCCCAUCAGCGCGUCCAUACCGGCGAACGGCCUUUCAUCUGCAAAUGGGAGAACUGUGACAAACGCUUCUCACGUUCCGAUGAGCUGUCACGUCACAAACGCACCCACACCGGCGAAAAGAAAUUCGUCUGCGGGGUCUGUCAAAAGAAGUUCAUGCGAAGUGACCAUCUGUCAAAGCAUGUCAAACGUCAUGGCAAGGAUAAGACACAGCAAAAUGGAUCCGUUGUGACAGUGGCAACUGCUGCAGCAGGUGUCAAUCACAAUCAAAUAGUCCACCUGCGCCCCAUCAUUCCAGCACCAGUUCAUGUACAAAUUUGCACGAAUAGCAACAGCAGCAUUAGCAGCAGCAGCAGUAGCAGCAACUGCAGUACAAUUAGCAGUGAUUUUCAGUCCGAGUUCCAAUUGAUGAACUAAGCUGAUGAUGACUUGAGCCUCGUUCAAGGAGAGUCCGGCGAGGCUUUUGUGCUCUCUUUAAAAUGCUAUACGCUAUCCGCUAAACGCUGCGUUAUAAAUGUAUAUUUAUUUAUCUCUUUCAUUCCAAUCAAUCUGUUGGGAUUUUGUUGAUCUAUAUAAUUUUUUUUGGAAAACAAAAACAAUGAGCGUUUAUUCCUUUGAAAUUGAAUUGAAAUUCAAUAACAAAAUUGAUUAAUUUUGUUUAUAAUUUAAUUUAAUUGAAUUGAAUUUAAUUAAAAUUUUAUUUUUUUGCAUUUCAUUUCUUUGUACAAUCUAAAUCGAAUUUAGUGUACCUACUGGAAUCUAGAAUCAAACAAAAAAACAAAAUCUUAAGAUCUUUGUAAAUCUGUGAUAUUUAAGUUUUUUUUUCAUAAAACAAAACAAAUUUAUUUAUUUAAAAAAACAAAAAACAUUAAACAAAACUUAAAAAAAAACUGUGUAUAAAAUUAUGUAUAUGUCGUAUGAAAAAGAAGAAAAUAUGAAAACAAAAAUAUAUGAGUUUUCAGAAAUUAAAAAAAAACUAUACAAAACAACAAUAAAACUAUAUAUUUUCAAAAUAUCUUAA